AUGGCUAUAUCUAAAGUUAACCUUUGCUGUGUCUCUGCAGAAGGUAGUAUAGAGGUUUUGGGGACUGAAGAGCCAAUUUGGGUUUUUACCCAUUGCAGAGAUGAUAGAUCUCUUGAGGAGCCAAUCUCUUUCUCUUCCCCUUAUGUUGUGGCAGCAUUACCCCAGAGGUCAACAGUUUUGCCCUGGACCAAGACCCAGAAGAACCAAAAGAGAUCCCUGACAGUAGUUGCAGCAGUUGGAGAUGUAUCAGCUGAUGUUACGACCUAUCUAAUUGCCAGUGCAGCCGUUGUUGCUCUGGUUGGAACUGCCUUUCCAAUCUUCUUCUUCCGCAAGGACACCUGUCCUGAAUGUGAUGGUGCGGGAUUUGUUCGUGAAUCUGGAGCGGCAUUGAGGGCAAAUGCUGCACGGAAGGACCAGGCUCAAAUCGUCUGUGCACGUUGCAAUGGCUUGGCAAACUGAUCAAAUAGACAAAUGAAUGUCUUCUGUGAUUUUAAUCCUAAUUUCUGCUGUAAAGUGAUAAAUUCCAAAGACCCCCUAUCUUACUACUUUAAGUUUUGAGCCCUUGAAUCUCCUCAAUACAUAUAAUAAUAGAAGCACCUUUGAUGU